AUUUGUUUUACGUACAGUUGUUGUCUUGGAAACGCAGCAAACAGUAACUUACUAAACGAACGUUUAACGAUUUCGCUUUUAUCACUCACGCCAAACGUUUGUAUAAAACAUUAUUAACAAUUACUAUUGAGAUAGUUAUGUAUUUAUAGUUAUAAAGGUUAACCUGCAGCUGUGAUUCAGUAACAACACGUAAAGCCUCUUCUGUAAAACAUGUCCUCUGUUUUGAUGGACAAUAACGCCAAGCCAAAGUCCAUGAGUCGAGCAAAGCAAUGGACAGGUGAGGUUGAGAACCUGUACAGAUUCCAGCAAGCUGGAUACAGAGAUGAACUGGAGUACAGACAAAUCAAGCAAGUGGAGAUUGACCGUUGGCCAGACACUGGGUUUGUAAAGAAGCUUCAACGUCGAGAUAAUACAUUUUACUACUACAACAAAAAGAGGGAGUGUGAAGAUCAAGAGGUUCAUAAAGUAAAGGUUUAUGUGUACUGACAGCCCUAACUCAACCAGCACUUGGGAUAGUUCACCCAAAAAUGAAAAUUCAUCUUUUACUCACCCUCAUGUUUUUACAAACCUGUAUUCAUUUCUUUCUUUUGCUAAAUACAAAGGAAGAUAUUUUAAGCCAUUUUUGAACUGACUGAUAUUUUUCCUACUAUGGAAGUCAGUGGUGCUUUUGUUUCCUGCUUUCUUACAAAUAUUUUACUUUGUGUUCAUUAGGACAAAGAAAUGUAUACAGAGGUUUGUAACAACAUGAGAGAGAGUAAAUUAUGACAGAAUUUUUAUUUUUGGAUGAACUAUCCCUAUAACCCAUGUUUCUUUUUAAGUAUGAGUACAGAUGUCAAAGUCUUCAUCUUGUCAUUGUACAAAUUGAUCUAAAUUAUUUUUUUUUUCAAGUGAACAAACAAUUUGAUGAUUUGUAUUUAAAUGUAAACAUUGAAUUGUUAAAUUAUUAACAAUUUCAAAUGUAGUAAUACCAGAAUAAACCAGCUGUUAAAACAGA